CCAUAACCAAAUGAUCAGCCAAUCAGAUUUAAUGUGUCAUUCUCUUCCAAUAGAAUUACGUUUAACUUCAGCACGUUAGUCGUUGGCAACCCCGUUGCUAAGGUAGCUGCUGUUUACAGCAUCUCACGGAAGCGUACGUGUGACUACUUUCCUGUUUGACCAUCGGAUUCUAGGUUAGAAAAAUACAAAUAAUGUUUAAAAUAAAUAAAUUAUUCACUAAAUAUUAUCAAAAUUAGAAAUUCAACAAUACGCUAGUAAUCUUUACUUUACUUUGACCUACGGUUACGCCAAUUCACUUUUGACUUUUGGGGUGUAUCUGAAACUGAAACACUAAGGUUAAGGGAUACAUUUAAUUUAGGGUUCAGGGUAUGUUUAGACGGUUUAGGGAUACAUUUAGUGACAUAAAUUAAGUAAUUAACUGGUUGUGUCAAGCAAGAUGGCAGCCAUCGCGGGGCGAUCUCUAAUAAUUGCUGACUGAAAAAGACACAUCACUAAAAACUAAUAAUAAUAUAUUUCAAUAUUAUUUCACUCAUCAGGCUUGGCCCUAAUUUAGUCCCUAAAAUUAAAUUAUAUUACAGUAUUGAGUGUAAGGCAGUGCAUAAGCCUAUAACUGGUUCUAUUUUAUGAAUAGUGUACAUUUUCUGGCUUAGCUCUAUUUUAAAAUAAUUUUCUGGUCUUGUCAUAGGUAGUGAAAUAAUAAUACUGGACCUGUUGAUUUCAUUAACUGACAUUAUUUUUGUUUUGUUCUUUUAAAAUUUGUUUUUAAAACUAAUUUUAUAACUUAAAUUCCAAUUUAGAAUGGCAAGGCUUAUCACAGCCCCUACUAGAUUUACACAUGAAGAUUGGACCAGGUCCAAUUUAACAAAAUAUGCAAAUGCUGAUGUGGAAAGACAGCAAGCUGAGCGAUUAAUUAAAGAAUCUGAUAGGCUAAAAGAUGAGACUGCAAAACGUACCGAGAAAACUCAAAGAGAUGUUAACAAGAAAUUGGGUGAGCAAUAAAAAAUUUUAAACAGUAAUAAGGCAAGGGACUUCUGAGUAAGUACUGUCUUCUAGUGUAAUUAGUAUUAAAAUAUUUUAUUCCUUUUGGAAAUGUAAAAUGAAAGAAUUUGAAAAUUAAAGACCAUAAAAUAUUUUCAAAAGCUAUAGUUAUAGAAGUUAUUUCACUUUUACAUUAUGAGCAAUCGUAGUGUUGCUUAACAUAAAAAUUCUACAAGAAUAUUCUUUUCUUUGUUUAUGGUUUAUAAUAACUUUAAUGCUUUUUGUUUGCAAAAUUGUUAAAUAGGGUAGGCUCUGCUGCAACAAAUUUUGAAACAUUAAAAGUUAAAUUGAGUCUUAACUGUUUGGCAAUAUCAGCUCUCUAACUUUUUGAGUUUUGUUAUUUUAAAUGCAACAUAAACAUGUGUGAAACAUAUACAGAUGCAUCACAGAUGCAUAUAGCAAAUAAAAGCUUUUAAAAUGAAAAACAAGGCUACCUACAGCCCUGGGAAAAUCUUGGUAUUGUUUAUCCUCAUAUCUGUGCACCAUGAAUGUACUGCUUAUGCUGUCUCAUAAGUUCUUAGAAAAUGAAGCUAUGAUAGAGAGCAGGGCAACUACAAAAAUAAUGACUGCAAUAAUAAUAAGAAUAGAAGUUAUUUGCAUCAAAUGUAUAUUUAUUUAAUUCUUUUUAUUUUUUAGAACAACGUCUGGCAGACAUUCGCUACUGGAAGAAGGAAUUGGAUGACAAACUUGAUGGGUUGUCCAAAGAAAUUGAGAACUUGUUGGCUUUUAAACAACGUGUUGAUAAAGCCCUCCAGGCAACCGAAGAGCCUUUGCAUAUUGCCAGAAUGUGUCUGGCCAACAGGUUCAUAGAUUUUUAAUUCCUCAUUAUUUCCUAUUAAUUUUAAUUUAGCCUUUUCUCCCCCAAGAAAUUAAGAUUUAAAUUAAAUUAAAAAUCUUCUUUUUUGUAGAAACUCCCACUAAAUAAUUACAUUUCUUCAUGCCAACAUUUUAUGAACAGAUUUUAAUAAUGGAGAAGGAUAUUCAUUUAGAAAUUAUUUAUAUACUUCAUUUGUAACAUCUGUUGUCACUUUAAAUAUUACAUCUUUUUGUUUUUGUAUUGUUUAUGAACAUUGCCAGAUUAUUGGACGUUAAUAUGAAAUUUAAAAUUAAUUAAAAUAGCAACAUUGUCUUCCUGUCCUGUCCAACUGCUUUUGUUUCUCUGUGAUCUUGUUUUCACAUCAUAUGAGCUGUAAAGCAUUACAUUUUGCCUUUACCUGUGGCAUAACUGGCCCAGGCAGUACUUUGAGGUUUGAUAUAAAAUAGGCCUAAAUUAUAUAAAAGGAUAUGCAUUUAGUCAAAUUUCGACUACUUCUUUCUGUUUCCACCCAAUGAAGUUCAGAAAAAUUACAUUAUUAUUAUGUUUGUAUUUUUUGUUUUAGAGAAAAACGCGUUGGCAUUGAUCUAGUUCAUGAUGAUGUACAGAAAGAACUGUUGAAGGAAGUUGAGACCAUUGAGGGUGUUCAGGCUCUACUGAAAAGAACAUUAGAACAAUCCACUGAACAACUAAGGUAAUGACUUGGAAUUAGAAAUGCAUUGUUAUAAUUUACAAUAAUGCAUUGUCAAAAAUAUUUAGUAUGAACUAAAGCAAAAAGUCAUAGUGUAUUUUAAUUAUAAUCAAAUUAUUCAAAUAUAAUAUUCAAAUUGUGAAAAUGUUUUAAACAACUUUAAAUAAUUUGUGUAAAUAUUAAAGUUCUGGUGCAUAAAGUUAUUUAAAAUCUACAUUUUUCUUAUUGAAAGGUUGAACCGCAAAGCCAAAUAUCAACUUGAGAAGGAUCUGAAAGAUAAAUUUGGAGCUCAGACCAUUGAUGAAUAUUGUGAGAACCUUCGUAACAACUCACAUCAAAUACAUUUUAAUGAUGGAGUGGCUGUAGUUGAACCCAAGUGAGUCUUUAACAUUUACCACUAUAAAUAUCCUCCAAUUGUAAGUUUUUUUCUGUAUAAUUUUUGUAACAGGCAUCUUUUAGUUUUGAUGAAAGUUUAGUUUAAUUUAUUUAUGUAGAGGUUGCUGUCUCUGUUAUUUUUUAAUCCUGAUUUUUUUCUACAAGUAUGACAUUGUCAAUUUCCUCACUUUUAAAAUUAAAGAAUUAAAAUUCAGGCAAUUAAAAUAGUAAUUGUAUUUAACUUUUACAACUGGAAUAAAAACAUGAUAAUGAUGGGGUGUAAAGUGAUUUUCAUUUAAUUUUGCUGUGGGUCACUUAAAAUUAUAAUUUGUUUCAUUGUUCUCUGUAUCAUCUCUUGAUCUGUAAAGCAAAUUUCUGAUUUUUUGUUUCAGUUCUGUGUCUCCUGAACAGUGGGUAGAUUUCUCAAAUGACAACAUCAACUAUGCUGAGAGGGAAAGGAUGAACUCUGUUGAUCUACGAUCUAGCAUUGAUGGACUUCUACAGCAGACCAGCAAUGACAUGCGUAAACAGGUCGACAAUACCAAUGUGGCAUUUGCCAAUCGUAUCUGGGAGUGUAAGGACACCAAGGGAAAGCUGGAGGAUAAUCUCAACAAGGUAUUCAACAAUGUGGGGGAAAUAUUAUGUUCAUGUUAAAGAAUUAUUCAUAGUAGUAUUGCCAUCACAGUGAGCCAGGUUGUUGGUGCUAUCUUUUUUACCAUUUAGAGGGGUAUAAAUGAUUGUUCAUAAUGCAAUGCAAUUACAUCCCUUUAGCAGAUUGAUUUUGAAGAAGAGGGGGCUAUAGAUGAGUAGGAAUGGUGACACAGUGAAAUUGAAGAGAUUGGAGCCUCUGCCGCCAGUUUUCUUUAAAUAAUGAAAAACUGCAUAAUUGUAUUUCUAUGAGGUGUUACUGAUUAAAAAUACAUUUUUCUGAUUUUUCUGUUGUCUAGGUCAUUACUCAAAUCAAGGAACAGGAAGAGAACAUUGCAACUCUGCAGAUGGCCAUCCAAGCCAAGGAAGCCCCAAUGAAAGUAGCUCAGACACGCCUUGAGACCAGACAACACAGGCCCAAUGUUGAACUCUGCCGUGACCCCGUGCAGUACAAACUCAUUGAGGAGGUACACGAAAUCAGUGAUUCUGUUGCUCAGCUGCAAGCCCGUCUACGCGAUGCUAACAGCUCACUCAAAGGACUUGUCCGCAACCAGUUGGAACUGGAGGAAGACAUAGCAGUCAAAGCAAACACCCUGUUCAUUGAUGAAGUUGAAUGUUUGGGGAUGCGUAAGAGUAUCAACAUUCAAAAUUUCUAAAGAUUACAAGUACAAGGAAUGGAAAAUUUUCCAUUAACAUGUAAAUCACUUUAAUAGUUUGGAUCUACAUAUCAAUAACUGUGAAAUGAAAAUUUUUGUCAGAUUAUUUUAUUUUGGAGUAUUGGCAUCAGCUUGCAGGUUGCAUAUUUCAUGCCAUGUAACUUUGUGUUCAUAAAAUGAAAGGAUUUCCAACACAAACAACAAAUUAUUUUUUAAGGUAAUAUCCCAAGCACACUCCAUAUUAUUAAAUGUUGAACAUGGAACAUCAAAAUAAAUUUAAGCCAUCAAUUUUUAAAAUUCUUUUAAAAAUGUUCUCACAAUCUUCGCUUUCUUUUGUUGAAGAAAUAGAUUUGUUGAAAAACCAUUUCAAAUGUUUUUUGUGUGUAAUUGUCACAUUAAUAAAUAUAUGUAAUAUGCUAAUGUUCACUAAAUGUUGUUUAUAUAGUUAAAUCUACUGUGGCAAAACUGAUUGUUCAUUUUGUAAUAUUUAUUUAUACAAAAUUAUACAUAUUUUUUAUAGUAAUUUAAAAUAAUCCUUGCUGCAUGUGAAGGCUUUUUGGACGAGUUUAAUUAUAAUAUACAUAAAAUGGGACAUAAUUUGGUCAUUAUGCACAACGGGAAUAUUAUUUUUCAGGCGUUUCAUUAGUCAUGUUGAAAUUUAUAUAAUUUUCUAUUAUAGGAAAUAAUUACUUUGCGCAUAGGUUCAUUUUUAUAUCACUCUUGGUCAUUGUGAAAAUUUCCAUCUGAAGAUUUUUCAGAAAAACAUUGUGUUUGUGGUAUGGAUUGAAAAACUCACUAAUAAGGUUAAUAAUAUUAUAAUAUAAAAUAGUUUUGAUUAAAUUGAGCCAUAUACAAUUUGAUUGACAACAAGAUAUUUCUUAAUAAAGUUCUUAACAAAAUAUAAAUAUAAUUCAUUUUAAUAAAAUUUUGUGUGUAUAAUUUAUUUUGGAAGAGUGCAAAUUACAUGCAUAUUCAUUUAUGUUGUGUAACCAUUGGGUGGAGAUCUAAGGAAUGUGUGUUGUCUUGUUGUGUUUAUUUUUUGUUGAUCUGGUCAAAAUAUUAAUGAUAAUUUUUGUUUGGAACAAUAAUUAAAAGAAUGAUUAAUAAUGAAAAAAUUUCCUUAAACACAAUGGUUAUUAUGGCAUCAGAUUGGGCAGGAAGAUGGUGUACAUUCUAAAUUUGAUCUUGAUGGAGGGAUGGUUUUUGAGUGG